AUGAUGUGUAACAUAUCUGUCAAAGCUUCAUGUCAUAAGUUGAAUGAAGUUUUGAGUGGCUUGAAUGGACAAGUGCGAGAUAUUUUUUCAACAAUAAGCUUCAGUUACUUAUUGGUCCUUCCAGCUCAAUCCGGAGACGAACUUCUUAUUCAUGGGUUGUUACUGCAUAUGUUGUGUCCUACUGUUGAAACAGACGCAGCUGAGCAUCUACAUUUUAGGUUUUCUAGACGUACAUUAUCAUUUGGGUCCGAGGAGUUUUGUAUUGUGUCCGGACUUUACAUAGGCCGGUGUCCUAGAUCAAGGAUCGAAUUUUCAACAAUCCAUCCAUCUUCCAUCCCGUUUGAUCACUCAAACCCACCCUCAAAUACCACGACUUAUUGCCUUCCAUUCACGUUUUUCUACUACGCUUCCCCUUUUCCUUCACUACCGAGAAACACCACCACCCCUAAGGGUGGUGUUGCUGUUGUUGUAACCCAAACACCUCAUCGAGUGUGGCCUGUCCGAAUUGAGAGUCAAUCUUCUCCUCUAGGUGUGAAAUUAUACUCUUUCAGUUUUAUGAAGGAACAUUUCUUUCAGGUGUUUCAUCGAGCACUUGGAGUGCAUUGUUCUCCUCCUUUAAGAGUUAUCACCAUUGGAAGCAUAAAAUUCCAAUUUUCUGUCCAAAGACAUCCAAUUCAGCAAAUAGAUGAACAUAAGGUGGUGGUGGCGACUGGAAUCAUGGUGGCAGCAGCAGAUGGCGGCUGUAGUAGUGGCCGGAGGUUGCUCUGGUUUCCUUUCUUGCUUCCUGCUUGCUUCUGCUCAGCGGGGAUGAUGAGUGGGAAGAGCGAUAGACGAUGUCAGAUGGUAGAUGGUUCGAGUAGGGGUGUUCCAACAGUCACUGCAGUGGUGAUGAUGAAGUAG